GGUUGCAUGCGUGCUCGAUUCACCGAAACAUCAGAGCCAGCCAGCCACACACUUGAAAUGAUCAUUUCACCGCUGCAGUAGUUCAUAAUACAAAUAAGCGUACAAACAGUUGGUCGCAUAAAAUCGUCUCCGUCGUACGAAUUGACGACCGUGGCUGUGGUGUGUUUCUUUCGUUUAGUUUUUUUUUUAUUUUUAUUUUUUUUUAUCACGAAUAAUAAGAAAAAUAAUAAGAGGGAGAAAAGUGUUAAGCAAGAGCAGCGGGCACGGUAUAAAAAUCUAAGCAUCCCAAAGAAAGAGAGAAAAAAAAACUCAUCGAUAAAAGAUUUCAAGUGUGAAUCGCGAGAGAAGAAAAAAGACACGAAACAACAAAACGCUCUUUGGCCGAAGCAGAGACAUAAAUUGUGCUUGCGUGUAUGUUUGUGUGUUGUUUAGUUUAUCGAACGAGCACAACGAAUCUCAUUUUAUGUGAAUCUGAAUCGGACAAAAGUUUUAGCGAUUUUCGAUGGUGUCUCCUUUUUGAAAGUGAAUGAAAGAUUAUACUUAGAAGAGGUUUUAAAGGUGCAAGCGCUGUGUGAUGAAAGGAAAAAAAAGUGUUGGAAAUUAUUAAGAAGAACAAGUCAAUAACAAGAGAAUUCAGAUCGAAUUUGUUCUAAUUUCGACACAAUCUAUCGCUAUGCUGUCUGUUUGCUGUGUAAAAUGAAGAACUUGCCAUGAGACAAUAUGUAUGUUUUUGAAUGAUGACCAUAUGAAUAAACCGAGUAGCCAGCUCGUAAACAUGUUAAACUCAUGCGACUGGAGCAAAUCAUUGUUACACAAAGUAAAUUUCGAGUAUUUUUCGAGAUCAUAAUCGGCAUCAGCAAGUAGUCUGAGUUUCUUCCGAUUUAGCUGUUGGUGUCUACGAAUUGUGUGCGCGAGCAACGAAGAGAGAGAGAGAGAGAGUAAUUGUGUCAUCGAUAUUGAGUAUCAAUUAGCCCACAAUAUCUGCGAAUGGAAUGUGUGCAAUGUGCAUACGGCUAAAAUUGAAUGAAAUUGAUAUUACAAUUGAUUGCGCGAAAUAUUUCGAUUGGAAUCGAAACGUAACGCAUCGCAACAACAACAACAAUCGGCCAAUUAAAGCGAUAACAAAAAUAAAUGGUCUAAAAAUAAUUAUGAUUGGAGUGGAAAUGUCAACGGCGUGAUUGUGAUUUGGAGAUGAGCGGGUACAUACACCAUCAUAACAGCAAUAAUAAAGAGAGGGAGAGAGAGAGAGUGAAAACUCCAUAAAUCAGACAAUCGCCCAAAUCAGCAUCGAACAUAAAAAACCAAUCCCAAUGCAAAUCGACUAAUCAUGAUCAAUUGAAAGCGUGUCAUUGUUUGACGAAAGUGAAGAGAAAAAAUAUAUAUAAAACAACUUCAACAAUACUCAACAUCAGUAAUUUUACUUCGUUACUGUGUAAUUGAACGAAUGCAUUGCAUCAAAGAGUCAAACGCGGGCAACAACUGAAUCGAUAAUAACAAAUAAGAAUCAGCCGAAAAGGGUCGCUUUCAAGUGCAAUAUAAUAUCAUCAAACGUUGUGCAUCAUAAAACGAAUUGUUUUGAAUAUUUGUGGCAAAGUCGGAAUUCGAACUGUGAAGUUUAAUAUAAACAAACCAAACCAAACUGAAUAUUUUCUUUCGGAUGAAUUGAUUAAGAGUUGUGAGUUGUUUCCAUCAAUCUCAGACCAUUCGUUCGCGCAACCGCAAUAUUUUCCGUUGCGUUCAUUUCAAUUUGUUUAUUCGACCAGUUUUUCUUUGUGUCCUUAUCGAUACACACGAUUUAAUUAAUCCGUAUGAUAAAUUUGGUACGCGUUUACUUUUGCUGUUGUAUGUUUUAUCGCGGAUAUAACGAGAGAAAAUAAAACGUUUUAACGGUUGAACAAUCAUUGUCGAAAUUGUAAUCGAAAAAAAAAAUGACAAUUAUCUGCUCUAAAUGCACAAAGUAAACGUAAAUAUAAACCGAAAAAAGAUCAUUAGUAAAUAGAUAUCGUUUGUUAGAUUUGCAUGCAUCAAAGCCAUUUUGGGCCAAAACGAGUGAGAAGAAACAACAAAAAAAAAAGACAAGAAUACAAAAGAGCAUUGCUUUUUAUUUGGACGUGUUGAACGGUUCUCGGUGUGUGUAGUGUUUGUUUGGCAGGAUCCGAGUAGCCAAAAGAGAAAUAGCGGUAAAUGCGGAUGAAACAAAACAAUCAAGAAGAACUAACUGAACAGACAGACAGACAUUUGAGCAACGUGAAUAAGCGUAUCGUAAUAUACACACAUACAAUACUGCGAUUCAAAUUGCCAUUUGAAUUAUAAAACACUCUGCAUUUUAUGAGAUUGCACCGUUUGCAAUCGAUAGCAGCCAUCGCAUCGUAAGCGCGCGCGACUUCAUUCUCUCAAAAAGCAACGAAGAAGUUAUCAGAAGAGGUGGAAAAAAAAAAAGGAACCAAACACUCAACCGAACGUUGUAGCAGCAGCAUAUGCACACACAUCAUGAUUCACUACAAAUUAUUAGUCGUCCAUUGGUCCAUUUUCACAUUGUCCGUGCAGCUAAUCUACUGUGCAUCACUGCACUCCACUCGUGAUUCAGUGAUGACAUCGGCCGGUGGAGUUGGUUUAUCAUCCAUAACAGUGUCACCAAUUUAUAAAUCAUCACAGUCGGUGUCUCAUCAAUCGAUCUGCUUUGCUGAAACCGAACAUAUGCUCAGCGUGAAUGGCAAAGAGUCGAGCAUAGUACUUGAUCUAGAACCGAAUCGUAUACAAUUAGGACCGUGUAAGCGUACAUUCAAGGCGCCCGAGCCGCACGGAUUCAUUGUUAAAUUGCUGAAGUUCAAAUCAAAACAGAUGCGAAAUCCAAACAGCCAUAUCGAUAGUAACGUCGGAGGUGUGUCAAUUGAUGUGUACAACGAAACAACAACGUGUCCACUGAACAUUAUGACCGGGAAAGAUCCAUUGACACCGCCAUGGAAAUUGGAUCCGUGUAAAAUGGAGGCGCACGGCAUCAACAAAGAGAUGGUUAAAUUAACUGAAGGUUUGCUGCGUAUAUCGUGGACACCGAAUCGCCAUUCGCCAAAAUAUAAACUCAUAAUUACGACGCUUGGCAAAGGCUAUCAUUGUAAUCAAGGGAAACACCCAUGCUUGAAAUUCGGGCAAGAGACGCUAUUUUGUGUGUCAUCGAGUCUAGUUUGUGAUGGUAUUAAUCAUUGUCCGUCGGGAGAUGAGUACAACAGCGAUGAGGAUCCCAAUUUGUGUGCACAAAAGCGAGGAUUCACCGAUUCAAAUACAUCAUUUGGAUUGAGCAUUUGGCAGCAAAUUUCGAAAGAGUUUUUCAGUAAAUUGUAUCCACCCGAUGCAACAACGACCGUACCGACAAAAUCACCAAUGAAACCAACAUCGACGAUGCACAAAAAACCGACGUCACCGAGCAAAGAUGAUGAUGGCAUCGACGACGAUUCCAGCGAAAAUAACACAACCGACGAUGGUGUAAUGGAGUCAUCAACGACAAAACACUAUCGUCACAUUACACUAUCGAGAGGUUUAUCGAAAUAUGGUCCAUGGGGAUACCUAAUCCUUGGCAUGUUGCUUUGUGGUGGAGCACUGUUAGUCUGUGUACUUUGGGAAUGUUGUUGUAAAAGCGACAAAACCUUAACCACAUUAGAAUCAUCUAAUAUAUCGACAAUUACAGGCAGCAGUUCAAAUGCGAAUUUCAACGGUCCUCAGCCGGAAACAACGUUGCCGCCAAACUACGAUGAAAUCGAUCCGCCACCAUCCUACGCAACACUAUUUCCAGGCAACAAAAGCGUUGAUGCCGAAUCAACAAGCUCGGCCCAGCCAACGGCCAACUCAUUAUCAAACGAUGCGACUCAAGGUGGUGUUGAAGUUGUCGUUGCCCCUUGUGCGGCAUCAGAUGCCAUGGCCAAUGGAAGCAGCAGUAGUAGUGGCAAUAUAGCAUCAGCACCACCUUUGCCAUCUUCAUCCACAUCUUCGUAGGCAAAGACACGGAAACGAAAUCGGCAAAAUUUAGGAUUUUUUUUUAAAUAAAUAAAUUCAUUUUAUUUAAUUAGACUUUAUUUCGAUACGGAUCGAAUUAAAUAGUUUGGCAACUACUAGCCCAGCAAUAAAAUUUGGGCGAAGAAAAACACGGCCAACACAAACUUAUAAACAAUUUUUGUAAAUAAUUUUUUUUAAAUAAUCGGCGCGAAUAAGCGAGAAAGAAGCAGAGAGAGAGAGAGAGAGAGAUGUAGAGAGCAAUGGGAUUCAUUUCGAUUUUGGGCAAUCCACUGUUACAAGUGUUUUCUUGUAUAAAAAAAAAGAAUAAUAAUUAAAGGAAGAAAAACACAUUUGACUGAUUAAACUUAAUGUAAAGUGGAAAACCGCCCAAGUCUUCUUGUUUCUAUAGAGAAAAAUUCAAUUGAAUGGAGAAACGAAAAAAAUCACAACCCAAAAUAAUCGCAAUCAAAGAGAAACUUUUUAAAAGAAACAGAUAAGCAAUACAUUCCUUUUUUUAAAUUUUAUUUAUUAUUUAAGUAAAAUGCGUUGAGUUUAAUUCGAAAAAAUUCCAUUUAAAUGUAAUGGGUGCUAUUUUUAGUUCGUUCAUAAAUAUGUUGAAUUGGCAGCGCGCUCAUCAGUUUGUCAUUCCAUCCGCAGUGAAUUUCCUUUCAAUGAUUUGUUUAGCCCAUAACCAUUUGAUAGAUUUUUGGUCAUGCAUUGAAAGAAAACAAUGCAUUUUUUUUUAUUGUUACUUCUUUUUCCAAGACCAUUAUUUUGUUUCUUGCAGUUGCUAAAAUUGUUUGAAUUGAGAUAUCAUCUGAAGUUGUCAGAAGAAUUAAAUUGAAAAACACUUGAUUUCAAGUGCAUUUAUGCUUAGUCCAAUUAUUAUUUUAAAAAGAAAAUAGGGUUUGCUAUCGAAUAUCGAGCGAAAUCGCAUAAUUUUUUUUCCGCGUAAUUUUCCCAUUUAAUUCCAUAAUGAAAGAGAUAGAAACAAAGAUUGAGCGCACAGAUAGGAGACAAAUUAGCGUUACAAACAUGUGUACAAUGUAUAAAAUCAGCACAAAUGCAAUACAUAAUUCCGAUGAAAUAUUUUCAAUUGAAAUGUGAUAUUGAUAACAACAAUAAUAAAAAAAAACCUAUAUAAUAAAUCAUUUAAACGAAAA